AGCUUUAACGCACAAAUCGAGAAUUAGUAGUACUAGCAUUAUUCAUUUUUCAAGUACAAAUGCGUCAUGGCUCCUCAGUUUUUAUUGAAUUUCCAAUUGGUCCUUCUGUUACUAUUGAUGGGCCAACAAAAUAUGGGAUAUAAAAUGCCACACGUGAACAUAGAAAUAUUCAAUGAACGGGGCCUCAAGAUCUCAAUACCUGAUGAGGCACGCAUGCAGCGUGUUUUUGUAAUGCUGCAAGUGGAUGACAGCUGUCCGGUGUUUAUGGACUGCUUAACUCAAGCCACUAAUGGCAGUUGGACCAGUGUACAACGCAUUAGACUGCAAAACGAUGAUAAGUUACGAGUCUCGCUGUUCGUGCAGUACAAUAAUAAUAUUUACGAGAAGAGCGAGACACAUGUGAUACUCAACACACGCUUUCUGACCACACAACAAAGUAAUACUGUCAAUAUCUGGCGAUCCAAAGCUCCAGAGACCCUCGACAACAGCAACGAGAACAAAUGCCAGCUAUACCGAACAUUAGACCGAAGACUGUUCAAAGAUUGCAAGCCAACCAACAGCAUUACGAGUAGAAAUAGUGGUAGUCAAGUCACAUGUCAGGGCGAGCUUAUUUUUGAAGAUGACUUUAGUGAAGGACAGCUGAAUAGCAGCGUUUGGAUGCAUGACAUCCGUCAGCGUAUGUAUUAUGUGGAAGAAGAGUUAGUAGCAUUCGAUGAUUCGCCGCGAAUUUCCUACGUGCGUGAAGGACACCUACACAUUGUGCCGAUGGUGGCCAGCGAGGUGACAGAGGGAGUUUACAAGCUAGGUGAUCGCUGUACGGCUGUUGAUAACCGUCAGUUGGAGUGCAGUAUUUCCAAAGGUAGUUUCUUUAAGAUCAACCCACCUGUAUAUUCAGCUCAAUUGCAUACACGGGAGAGCUUCAGCUUUAAAUAUGGAAAAGUCGUGGUGCGUGCUAAGCUUCCAAAGGGUGAUUGGCUUUUUCCAUAUAUGAUGUUACAGCCAGUCUCAACUUAUGCAGAAACUCAUUUUGCCAACCAGCUUCGAAAAUACCUUCGGUUCCCAAGGAAUAUGGAUAUAUUGGAUAUCGAUGAAGCAUUAAAAGAUGAUUCAUACAUUUUUCUGGCCGAUAAAACACACGAUGAUAUAUCAAAUAUUCUUCACCAAUGGAAAACUAACAAUCAACAACACUUGCAACAACAUUUACAGCCGAGUAAUGAAGAAGCAUACAAGCAUAAUUCAAAAACAUUCACGAGGCCCAAACGCAAAUCACAGGCAGCAGAAAAAAUGGAGACACAAUUUACACAAACUACAAAUGUUACAUCAGCAACAAAUUUAGUAUCCCCGAUGCUGAGUCUGGAAAUUGGAGGACUUGUGACAAAUUUGCACAAAUCUUUACUGCAGGACACGUCGCCACCAUCGUCCAUAUGUACAUCAAUAAACAACGGCUGUAUGAAUAGUUCGCUUAUCAGCUCAGCUGACUUUACGAAUCUCAACUUUUUACAAUCGAUCCAUAGUUUGGAAACAAAUAAUACGACUUCAACAAGAGAUCACAUGUCCACAAUGACAACGCUAUUGAAUGACGUAGGCUACAAUCUGAGCGAUAUGAUUAGGGAUCGCAAAGUUCUCGAAUCACUUAGCAUGUCCGGUGAUGGCACACUAAUUAAGGAUUCACAUAUUGGCCAAAUUGAUGAUAUUUCAUUAAUGCCACCAAGCAAAACAGCAUCCGGUUGCAGCACCAUGGAUAAUAGCACUGACAGUGUCUCCACGCCAAAUGAAAUGCAUUUACUGCAACAAUCACACGUCCAUAACCAGGGGCACGCUGAACCUCAGUUGUGUACAACGAUGGUGUUGAGUGAGGAGUUGAUUGGUGAUACUACAUUUAAUCUGGUGGAUAGUCUGACUUCACGUACAACAACAGAAUCUCAAAGUGAAGGGGAUGCAAACGUCUUGUUUAAACGACCAAUCGCGGUGCUAAACGAAACACAGCUGCUUGCGGGGCGACAGGUGAACAGUACUUUUACCGAAGGGUGCCAUACGCCCGAAGCAGCUCGUUGCGAUACACCUGAAAAUAUUGAGACGAAAUUGUCCUUAAUUCAGAUGCAAUCUACGCCACUGACGACUUUAAACAGCCGUUGUCCAUACAACUAUAACAACAACAAUAAAAAUAAUUAUAAUAAUAACAACAAUAAGGUGCCUAUCUACACGCCGACACAGACAAGUCACGAAGAAAUAGUAAACAUAUCUCCCAUUGUGAGCAGUAUAACGCCCCACAAAAGCUACAGCUGCCGACAAGAGUUAAAUCAUACCUAUGAACCACCAACGGAAACAUUAAAGAAUCUUCAAAUUAGAGGGGCGCCUGAGUGUUUUGAUGGCCAAAAAGUUGUGCAUGAUACAAUGCACUUGCUUGAACAGAUUGAACAACCAGCCACAGAUGCAACAUACGACAAGUCUGAUGAAUAUUUGCAGAUGCAGUGCGUCCUAGAUUUAGCCGAGGCAGAAGUAGAGCUGCUUGCUCAUCAGGGUGAUGAAGAGCAGUUUGAGCAUAUGCUCGCUGAGCUUGGCAGAGUAAAUACACUCAAUGCGGAGCAGAUAAAAAUGCAAAAGUCAUUGGAUAGUAUUAAGCGUCGCUUUCAGAAAGAUGAGCAUCCUUCUCGAUCUGAGCAGCAACCACAGGUGGAUUUGGCGCAUGACACGCCGCCUUCGUCGAAGUCGCAUUUAAUAAAUAGUCUAAAUCAAAGUAUGAGCCAAUCAUCUAAUAGUAGUGAACGUUUACUUAGCCGACGUAGUCGCCUCUAUGACGAUGUUAAGUUGACUGCAAUGCACGACAAUGUAGCCGGUACCGCCAGUUGCAAUUCAACAUCUUUUUUAGUUCAUCGAAGGGAAGAUGAGCCAUCAAAUACAUCGGGGACAUGCAUACAACUAUUUGAGACUGAAAAGCACACGGGGGACAUGGAAACUGAACAAAACCAGACGACCAUAGACUCUGAAUCACUGAACUAUAAGAUGGCUGAGCGCCGCACUAGAGAUCGAGAACGUUUUAAAACUAUUAAAAUAACUAGCGAAAUGCACGCUACUGACGAGAAGCUGGGAUACAUUGUUGUACCCUGUAUUGACGAUGAAGAUCCCCAGUCUCAGCCAUUGAGUUCAGCUAAAAUAGAAGAUCGACCACAAUCGCCACAAAAUCGACUUUCGCGGCUUGAUAAAAAAUCUAUUGGAAACAUUAAUGGUUCAGAAAACAAUGCCGUUGUCGGCAAAAAUUACUUGACCUACAAAAAACCAAGAGACAAAAAUUUGUUGAUGCAAAAACAGCCCCAAACGCAACCCCCGACGCUUGCAUGUGGACAGAAUGCGCGAUCUCAGCCACGUUCGCUAUCUCGACCACGUUACAUUAGUGGCUUACAAAAGCUAGGUACUGUGAGCAAAGCAACAUCUGCUGGCGGUGGUCUGAAUGCUGUAUCAUCUUCAUCAUCAAUUUCAAGGGCAACAUCGAGAGAAACAGCUCCAAAACCUGGGGAUGGAGUAAAAAGUCCGAUGGGCAUUAAGUCAAAGUCAUUUCAUAACUUGUCCUCGAACAUUUGCAGCUCCAUGGGUGCUGGUGGUGAGGUAGUGUCACCUCGACAGAGCUUAGGUGACGCCCUGAAAAUACCCAGCAACCAAGCUAGCAAGCUGUCAAGUGUGUUUCGAGCAGCACAACAGAAUGAGGAUGAAACUUCCGUAUUUAAAGUGCCCAAGUUAGUUGGUGCCUUGCGUGCGCCGAGUAAUACCGGAGGCCCAAUCAAGCGAGUUGUGGGACUGGCUCGACCCUCUUCCGGCUAUUAUAGUUUGACUAUGAGAGGAGUUGGUGAUCCUGAAACACCUGAGAGUCUCUCUUCUGCAUCUUCUCGCGGCAGUCUGUAUGAUAAGGAUGCAAAACAAGCUGAUGCGUUUGAAGCAGUAGCACUAAGCGCAGGGCUGGGGCAAGUGACAUCUGGUACAAGAGGCAUUCCGAAGCCGUCAGCUCUUCGGCAACCUACACAAAUAAAACGCAGUGGAUUACCCCGGCCUUCUAAUAUUUUAAGGCGUUGACCCAAACGGAAUCCUAGUUUGCAAAAAACCUGCUCGAGCAAAAAUAAAUCCAGUAUAGAACUUUGUUUAUAUGAAGAAAUUCUUAUUAUUUACCAGUUUUGAUUCUCCUGUCGUACUGAUAAUUGCUUUAUAAAUUUUGCAUUCAUUAAUUAGAUUUCCAUUUAGUUAAAAUUAUAAAAUUAA